AACAUUUGACCGCAGCAUAGUGCUCAGGUGACUGCUUGGUAGAGGAAACAGAGUUAUUCAGACCCAGUCCCAGACCGUAAUGGUUAGUAUUGGGACGAGCUGAAUGAACGUGGUCUGAGCUACAGGACCAGAGGAGGAAAUAAGGCCCUUGAAGAGAGACCCCAGGAGUAACAAGGCUGUGGAGACCGUCACACAGCCCUGCUAUGGGUGCUCAACAAGAUAAAAUGUAUUGCACCAGGUACUUGAAUGGACAGGGACCCCCAGCACUGAUAGACCAAGCUAAUGGGGAUGUGAAGGGGAGCUAUGCUAAGGUGUCAGGGGGCAGCCAGCCGGAGGGACAGAUGACAUGGGUCAUUCUACACAGAGACCUCCCUGGUUACCCAGGGGACAACACCAUACAGAUCAAUUAUGUUUUUGCAGAUGGAAUACAAACAGACAAGCAUCCCAAUCCAGGGAAGACGUUUUUGGGAAUGAGGACAUUGGCGUAUUUGCCCGACAACCGCGAUGGAAGGAGGAUCCUGGGGCUAUUGGAAAAGGCCUUCUACCAGAGGCUGGUCUUUACUGUAGCAACCAAUGAGAAUGGAGAGGAUAUGGUCACAUGGGCGGAUAUACCCCAUAAAACAACACCUGAUGCAGGAAAAGACAGUGACAGCUAUCCAGACCCAGACUACCUGAAAACAGCGAGAAAAAUACUGAAAGACAAAUGCAUCGAAUGAGAGGCGACUAAGAUCCAAUCUACAUCAGUUAUCAACACUGUCAACGUCAACAGUAAUGUCUGAAAGGUGCUGAAUGCUCUGUCGUAGCCUACAGGUCCUGGUGUACAAUUAUUUUAGACCUCUACAGCAGGAUUACAUACACGUUUAUUAGCUGCUGUAAUGUAUCAUGUCGGUUUUGUUUCUUGAAAGCUUUGAUAAUAUAUUUGUAUUUUAGAUUACAGGGUCCUUAUGUGCAGAAUGUACAAUAAACAGCUGUUUGCUAUACACUC